ACUGAAAGUACUCUUUCGUCUGGCUAGGUCGAAGUCAAUGACUGUUCUGAUCGGCCAUGUCAGAAUGGGGGCAUCUGCUUGGACCACCCGGGUGCAUAUAUGUGCCUAUGUCCUGAUGGAUUCAUCGGGUCAAAUUGUGAAACAUUUGCUAAUCAGACGACCGUCAGCGCUCAUUGUAUCUCAUCAGCCGCAUGUACCGGUCAGUGUCUAAACGGUGGGGAAUGGAUACUUCGGAACGGAGAAUCGGGUUUUUGUCGAUGCGCGUUUGGUUUUACGGGUUCACACUGUGAGAUUCAUUUAAAUUUAUGUAGACUGGAACCAGAGCCUGUUCAGUCAUCAAAUCUAUCACCUCUUCAACGCGAAGUGGUGUUCCGUUAUCAGGCUGCUCAUCGGCUAACGUGGGAACUGCUGAGCUCCGUGCAACAGAAUCUUGUUCUUCGUGCAAUCCAAGCAGCCGCCCAUUCUGUCACUGCAAGUCCAGCUAGAAAUGCGGAUACGAAAGCAUAUGAAUCGUUUCUUGGUCUGUGCCACCCUGCUGGUACAGUGCAAUGUGUACCCCACCCGGGAAACUUUUCUUGCAUAUGUCGCGUCGGUUACGGGGGUCGUUUCUGUGACCAACCAAAGGAUUUAUGCCGGCUCGCCGAGGGUGCAUUUUCUGAGGGUUAUUGUCAAAACGGGGGUGUGUGCGAGAAUCGGAUAGAUACCGUAGUCUCGGUUGGUACUGUCCAGAGAACCGUCAUGGUCAUUUGUCACUGCAGCCCUGGCUUCGGUGGACCGCGUUGUCAGUACUUCGAUGAACGUUGUGUAGUCAAUCCGUGUCGAUUUGGUGGGACUUGUCAUCCCAACGGACCGUGGAUGUCUGAGCUGCUCGGUUCACACCAGACUCCUUUGUAUGCACCAUACGUUUGCCUGUGUCCUCCAGGGCGAGCAGGCCUGCACUGUGAAGUAAAGUCGGACACCGCUUGCUUGGGGACGAUACCACUAGCAUGCGAACACAAUGCAUCGUGUAUCGUGAUCGAUGGCAAUUCGACGUGCAAUUGUCCACCAGGAUAUUGUGGAGAACGAUGUGAACUUGAGGCUGAGCUAUGCACCACAACCAGUCCUUCGCACAAUUUCACUAUUCCAGUGGAAUAUGAUAGCCAGAAUAUCGAUCCGUGUCUAGUGUUCAACUGUACUGAAAAGGCCAACAACGGUCGAUGUGACACUGAGUGCAAUAUUGGAGAGUGUGGCUUCGACGGGCAUGAGUGUCUAUUCGCUAUCCUGGAGCCUCUGAAACCGAUUAGUUAUUUCUAUUCAACGUUUCUGGGGGAAGGCGCUGGUCCAACACUCGGGGAACUCAAUGCUGAUGAAGCUUUGACACCGCAGCCAGCCAAACCAUGGGCACAGUGUUCUCCGGUUAAUCAUACUGGUGUUACAUGUGCCUUAAAAUUUGACGACGGUGUUUGUGACGAGGAGUGUAGAGACGAAUCAUGCUUAUUUGAUGGAUGGGACUGUGAGCAGUAUGCGGUCACUCCAAUACAGAAAAACGUCCGAACUGACUGUCCCAUGAACUGUUUGGUAGACCUUGACAGUGAUUCGUGUAUUUGCAACAUGUCCUCCCCCUCGCCAGAAGCCAGUUUGGUGUCGCCUACCAACACCGAGCCUCUUGAAGGCAGUUUGGUUUUACUUGUUGACGCUAAACCGGAUGACUUAUUGGUGAAUACAUCUAAACGCAUUGAGACCCCUCUUCUCAGUCGACUUCUCUCUGGAUUGGGCGAACUUCUCAGACUGGAUGUUCAUUUAGACUGGCCUUCUACUGAACAACAGCCCCCAAUCUUUCCAGUGCAUAUAACAACGUUCGAAAAUCAAACGACGGUCCUCGGUAAGCAUGUAAUCGAUCGAAAAUCUACUGUCGCUCCGGGCAGAGUUUCCGCUUCGUCUCAACGGUACCGCAGACAUGCAAAGCGGCAAGUUCCUGUUUAUCGGACAAAAAAAGAUAUCAUAGGGAGUCAGAUCUACCUGCGGCUGGACGCAACGUCUUGUCAUCAGAGAGGUGGAAAUUGCUUCGCUCACGUAGACAAAGCCGCUCAAUUCGUGGCUGCUACAAUGCACCGACGGGAUUUCGACUACUUGCGCCCAGUUCUUUCAGUCCAGUCAACUGGUGCUAGCAUCCCAGCACAGCACAAGUGGUCCAUGCGUCCCAAAUCCCAUCCUUCUGCCUUCGAUUGGUUUUGGUCCUCAUCUUGGCUCGCAAUCGGACUGUCCGCACUGGUCGUCUUGUUAUUGUUAGGCCUGUUGCUCGGGGUGCUGUUCGCCGCUCAUCAACUACAACAACAGCACCAACGCUCAGCCUGUUCUUCGAAUCAUCGCCGCUCGUUCACUGCCUAUCUUCACAGCAUUGGGAAACAGAGGAAUGUGAAGAAGGUACAGAAAGCCAAAAUUUGGUAUCCGGAGAACGGUCUUCCUGAUCGUGUGAACAACAUGCCAAACCGGGCGCCCGGUUAUCUCACAUCGGGUGGACUCACAACUAAAAAGGUAAUGCGCAGUACAUUGUCCUACGCAACGGCGAAGCCACUCAGUGGACUUGGCGACUCUGUAAGAGCCAGUCUGUUGAAUUACAUGACAAACGAGAGAACAGUUUGUGACAAACAUUUCUAUUCAGAAACUGUUGAGAGUUUGGCGUUGUUAAAGGAACAGAACAGCUCCGCAACUGUGUCAACUUUCAUGCCUUCUCGUAAUUCCGCGAGUGAAAUGAUGGCAUGGAAUGUCAAAGACUUUCGACGGGCUUCCGGGGGAACACCGGUUCUACCUACGGAACAUCUGGUGGAAAAUGUAGACUGUCCAAAUGCACCAUCGACAGCUAUGGGUUCGAUGGAUGACGUUGUUCGUCUGGGAACAUCCGCACAAUCUGUUUGGGUUCCCAAUCUGUCUGAAAGUUAUGAUGACAGUGGAAGCACGACCAGUACUCGAAUGGGGGGAACUGGAAGUGAACAGGACGCGCCAAACGAAUUCCUACCAGAGUCCACUGGUGCGGCGGAUCGGAAUUCGGACAAUUGGUAUUUCCGCCAGAUCGCUCAGCGGCUGAUUUCUGGAAGUGGUUUGGAAGACAUCCCAUUAGACAAUGAGUCAACUACGCCUGUUCCUUCAACGACUGGGACAUCCUGCGAAUAUGUGUCACUGCGAUAUUUGCUCAAUCAUUUGGCCAAACUUGAUCAGGACGCUUUCAUCACGCAAGCCUAUUUUUAUCCGGGUGCGGCCGUCUCAACACGGAACUCGAGCCCUGCGCCACUCUCCCGAUUGCAUCGUCUGCUAGAGCAAAGGCUGCCAGAGACCGGAGAGACUUUGCUUCACUUAGCCGCGAGACUUAAUCAAGCCCAUGCUGUGGUCAGUCUGCUCGAUGCGGGUGCUGAUCCAACCAGUGUUGACAACACCGGACGCACUGUUUUGCUCUCCUCCGUGUGUUCCGGAGCGUUUGAAUCUACGCACGCCCUUCUAUCUCACCCGGUCGCCGGUUCCAAUCCGAUGUGCUUCGUCCCCAGUUUGCUGACCGAUUCAACCACUCCGCUCAUCCAAGCUGUAAAACUUGGCGACUUUGAAUCGUUCAAGCUAAUCCUCCAUGCCAUGAGCAUUCUAAUGUGCACAAUCGCCAGAAAUGCCGCCACUCCACUCCCAACUUAUGGGAUGACACAAUCAGAUCAUAUGAGUACCUCUGUGACCGACCAGCCCACGUCGGUUGUACCGAAUGAACGAUCGUUUACCAAACCGUUUGAUUUGGCAACCUCCGCUCCACCUCACGAAGACAGUGCAACCAGUCUUCUGGAUCUAAACAUUUCAGACAGCCUGGGACGAACCGCUCUUCACUGGGCCGCAGCCACGGACCAAGUGGAUUUCAUACAACGACUUCUGGAGGCCGGUGCUGCUUGCGAUGUCCAGACAAUUUAUGAUGAGACUCCUCUUGCCUUGGCAGCUAAAGAAGGAGCCUAUUCAGCAUGUCGUCUGCUUCUGCUAGCUGGAGCUAACCAGGAGUCGGUGGACUACCUGGAUCGUACACCAAAGAUAUUGGCUGAUCAGGGAGGUCAUAGUGAUGUGGUUCAACUGCUAGAUGCCUUUUCAACCGCCUCCCAGAUUAAUCCCACCCAUCAAUUUAGUCUACCUAGAAACUUAGAUGUAGCUGAAUUGUGCAGCAAAAGGUUCCCCUCUGCUCCCCGCGGGGUGACUUCAUCUAGCGUGCAAGAAUGGGGUUCGUAUUAUGGCACCUCACGUAACAGUACUUUUUCGAACAUCCCGUCUAGUGAUCCUGGGAAGUUCGAUGCCAGUUCUUCUGGUUUGGAUCAUUCGAAGGAUCACGUUCGUGCUACUACCACAACUUGUAGCCAGAGUGUGAGGUGGAACUCAGGUGUGGAGCCUGAGAUUCCGAAACAUGUUCCGAAAAAUCGCAGUACCCAGUUUAUCCCUGGUCAGGAUCAAACGAAGAAAGCAUUUUAUCUGACUGAUCUUCGUUCAAUGAAGUGUGAGCAAACAGAUGAAGCCGAUACAUUCCCUGCUGUCAACCAACCUCAUGCUUCGAUUAAUACAGAGGCUACUGUAAUAGACAAAGUUGAUAUUAAAAUACCCGGACAAACGACUCGGAUGAUGAAUGGAGAGCUUACGGAAAUUACACCGGCCCAAGUAUCGCACAAACCAGAUCACCGUCUACUUGGUGAUAACCACAUCAUGAGUUCUGACAGCGAAUCACCGAACCGCUGGUCUUCGAGCCCGUCCGACUCUUCACCUAAGCCGAACUGCCAGCAACAUCGCCCUCAUGGCCUAAUCACCUCCUCAUUAGUGAAUUCUCCAACUAAUAAUUCUCUUGUCCGGCCAAAACAACCUCUGUCAUUCGAUUUGGUCGGCGCCGUGGCACACAGCAAAUCAUGUGUUGUCCUCGAGCCAUAUGCCCAUACGUUCCCAGUCAAGCAAUACUAACACUCACGCAGCAAUUCGUGAUACGCACACUAUUUCCUACUUAUCGAGUUCAUCAUCCGUGUUUGCUGUUUUGUACAGAGAGUCAAUGUUCCUCCAACCAUCUAUGCAUCUCGUCGACACCCCGUCCCUUCGACACGCACCUAUAUUUUACCUGUUUUCAUUAUGCUGCAGCAUCAGAUCAUUAUUUGCUCCCGUCCAAAUCUUGUACAGGUGUAACACAACACAAUGUUCUAAUUCGGAAUAAAACGUAUUUAAGCAUAAACUGGAUGAGAUUUCUCAAUAUCUCUACCCCGAAGUAUGCCAAACCGAGUCUAGUCGAUCCAGCUGGUAUGACCCUCGUCGAUAUGGACGAAAAAACUUUUUAAUGUGUGCGGGAAGUACGAAGCCCCUUCCGGGAUGUUGAGCCAGUAAGCCCUUGGCGCAUUAUUAUGGAAAAAACGGCCUCCAGACUAGAUUCGACUGGCAAUCAAUGACGAAACAGCCUUCACGAAAAUGGUUGGCUAAAGCUUGCAUGCUUUCUGACUGGCAUUGCAGAACUGUCGUAGAACAACACGUCUGACCCUUGACUUUCAUUCCUCUAACAUCAACUGAACCCCAUCCUAUACAUGAUCAAAUACAUUAUCUGGGCACCUUGGUUUACAAACUUCAUGCUACUGAUAAAAACUGCAUGUGCCAAAUAGCCUGCUAACCCCAACUAAAAGGAAUUACUGAAAC